AUAAUGUCUAGGUGUACAGUCUCGAGCACAUCCUCGUGAAAUUAUGACAGAAGUUCUCAAAGCUCUGCAGGAAUUGAAUGUGUGCUGGAAGAAGAUAGGCACUACAACAUGAAGUGCAGGUGCAUUCCUGGCAUCCCUGGUCAUCUUGAAGGCAUGGUUAACAAUGCUGUGCACAGUAGUCAUUAUUUUGGUGCUGAAUCAAGCAUUAUUGAGAAUGAUGGGAUUAUUCAAUCACCAAAUGUCGUCAAGUUUGAGCGGCAAAUUGGACCUGUUGGGUCUUCAGAAUCUCAAUCACGUUAUGGUUUACCCUCACUCCCUCCCUCCCUCUUCAGAGUUGGUUCAGAGGAAGUCAUGGAGAGGAUCGGUCAUUUCAGCCAUCAACAUCCUUUGGUGCUUGUGGAUCAAGAGCCCGGUGAUCAUGGAAGUCGAAAAGGUUUUUGUUCUGGAUGCAAAAAAGCAGUAGGGGGUUAUUGUGAAAAUUGCGAGAAAGUAGCAGAGGGUUAUUGUUCUGGAUGCGAGGAAGAAUUAGAGGGUUCCAGCUACGGUUGUGAUGAGUGUGGGUUUUUCCUUCAUAAGAAAUGUGCUGAGCUACAAACGGAGAUCAUUAAUCACCCCCUCCACUCCAAGCACCCUCUCACUCUUCAUUUGGAAGAUUAUGUUCACAAUAACUGUAAUGUUUGCAGGAAAAGAAUUAGAUUUUUUUAUCGAUGCAAUUCUUGUGAUCUUGACCUUGACCUUAGAUGUGCUAUACAUCCUCAAUGUGUUGCUCAAGAGUUUCAAAAGCUUCAACAUUUUAGCCACCAUCAUCCAUUGAUACUUGUUGAAGAUAUUGAAUUUCAAGGCAAACUUAAAGUCUGUCCAGGAUGUAGGGAACCCAUGUACAAGUCAAGUCCAUUCUACUGUUGUCCCAAUUGCAUAUUUUACCUUCACAAGAAAUGUGCAGAGUUGCCUCUUAAGAUCAAUUGCUCUGCCCACCGGAAACACCCUCUAAAGCUUUUGGCCAAACCCCCACCACAUCAAGAGAAAUGUUCUUGUUAUUUGUGCACCAAGUCUUAUGAGGGAUUUGUUUAUUAUUGUUCUGUUUGUAAGCUUGAUUUCAAAGCUGCGGAUGCUUUUUUGCAAACAAUUACAGCUGAAAUUCAUGAACAUCCGUUGAACCCUAUUUCAGGCACAAUUUUGUUCGUCUGUAACGCAUGUGGAACGGAUGGAAGUCAUGUUUGCUUUACAUGUGGUGACUGCAGCCUUAUUAUUCACACAGAUUGCACUUCACUUCGCCGCACCAUCAAAAUAAUAAGGCAUCCACAUCGACUUUCUCACAUCUAUUUCUUUCAAGAUGAGGAGGAAGCUGGAAAACGUGAAUGCAAUAUUUGUCAUGAUGACAUAAAUCUGGGAUAUGGGAGCUACUGCUGUGCAGAUUGCAACUAUUUUGCUCAUGUAAAUUGUGCAAUUGAUAAAGAUCUUUUGGAAGAUGAAGAGUCCAAACUAUCAGAUGACUUGACUGGUAUCUCUCCUGCUUUUCAGGAAAUCAAACCUGGAGAGAUAAAGCAUUUCAGCCAUAAACACAACUUAAUAUUGAGUGAUGAUGGGGUUGAGGAUGGCCAAAGUUGUGAAGGUUGCAUGCGUUCCAUUUCUACUUCAUUUCACUAUUGUGCACAAUGUAAUUUCUUUCUCUGUAAGUGCUGUGUUCAUGAGUUACCCAAGAAGUGGGUUAAUUUGGCUACAAUCGUAAUGCAUGCAACAAGCUUAUGUGCAUUCGGUGUCAUGAAAUUCUCGACACUCGUAUUUUUUAGAUGCAAGGACAAGAAAUGCAAUUUUGCGUUGGAUUAUAGAUGCCUCGUGCUACCAAAAACAGCUCGGUACAAAUAUGACAAGCAUGCUCUCAAGCUUACCUAUCGUGAUGAUCAUGAUCUAAGUCAAUGUUAUUGUGCUGAUUGCGAUGUUUCUGCUCAUCCUAAUUGUGUGCUUUGGAAAUCCCCAUUUGUCAAGCUCGGGAAACCAUUCCGGAUUGAUGUUCACGAACACCCUGUCACUUUGGUGAAGAUAGAUUUUUACCCUCCUAAAUGCAACGAUUGUGGUAAGCCUUGUAGAGAUGACCUAUCCAUUCAAUGCACAGAGCUAGAUUGCACCUACAUAUUCCAUUGGGACUGCUACCGGAGUAAAAAUUUUAGGAUUUGGUAUCUUCUACAUACAGACUAAAGAACUGACACUGGUAUUGUUCGUAUGAUAUUAUGUCUCUUAUGAAGGUAGACGAAAAUGAGAUAUCUCAUUUGCACUUAAUUUUGUUUUCAACUAAUUUUUAAGUUUAGUUUGAUCUUCUAGCUGCUGGGUGAUGUUGUUGGACUAUAACUUAUUUGUUUCUACCAAAUAUGUGAUAUGAAUAUUGUUUGAAAUUUGAAUGUAUUGCUUUGAUUAGUUUUUUUUAAUCAAUAAUUCGGUUGUCU